AUGGCACAAGGCAGCUAGCUACUUGCCUUUCCCUUUGCAAGCUUUGAUUGAGGGAUUCAGUGUCGUUGGCUGGGAGAAGAAGAGAUGGAGGGGAAGGAGGAGGAUGUGAGACUCGGAGCCAACAAGUUCUCGGAGAGGCAGCCAAUCGGGACUGCAGCGCAGGGGGACAAGGACUACACGGAGCCACCGGCAGCUCCCUUGUUCGAGCCAGGUGAGCUGAGCUCAUGGUCCUUUUACAGGGCUGGGAUCGCAGAGUUCGUGGCCACCUUCCUCUUCCUCUACAUCAGCAUCCUCACCGUCAUGGGGGUCGUCAAGUCCAACUCCAGGUGCUCCACUGUGGGCAUCCAGGGCAUCGCCUGGGCCUUCGGCGGCAUGAUCUUUGCCUUGGUCUACUGCACUGCUGGUAUCUCAGGUGGCCAUAUCAACCCGGCAGUGACCUUCGGGCUGUUCUUGGCGAGGAAGCUGUCCCUGACCAGGGCCGUGUUCUACAUGGUGAUGCAGUGCCUCGGCGCCAUCUGCGGUGCAGGUGUGGUGAAGGGGUUCCAGAAGGGGGUGUACGAGAACAAUGGAGGAGGAGCUAAUGUUGUGGCUCAUGGCUACACCAAAGGUGAUGGCCUUGGCGCAGAGAUCGUGGGCACCUUCAUCCUCGUCUACACUGUCUUCUCUGCCACAGACGCCAAGAGGAGUGCUAGAGACUCCCAUGUCCCUAUCCUUGCACCCUUGCCUAUCGGUUUUGCAGUCUUCCUAGUUCACUUGGCUACCAUCCCCAUCACCGGGACGGGAAUCAACCCUGCAAGGAGCCUUGGUGCUGCGAUUAUCUACAACAAGGACCAUGCUUGGGACGACCAUUGGAUCUUCUGGGUUGGACCAUUCAUUGGAGCUGCUCUUGCUGCCGUUUACCACCAGAUAGUGAUCAGGGCAAUUCCAUUCAAGAGCAGGGACUGAGCUUUUCUGAAGGAAAAAAAAUAAGAGAGCAAAAAGAAGAAGAUGAUGUGUCGUAAUUUGUGUGUCAUGUUUCUCUUAUCUCUAAGCGUAUUCAGUACCCUGCUUGUCUUUAAGUGUGUAAAUUGAAUAAUAUUGCUAUGUUUUGCUGUUGCUGCCA